UGUCGUUCGAGCAGAACCGAGACUGCAUCGCUUCAGGGACGUUUGUAGGAAAAGUGUUGUAAAAACAGAACCUUGUGUGUGUAAGCUGUAACGGUUGUGCUGAUGGAGCAGUGUGCAUGUGUGGAGCGUGAGCUGGAUAAGGUGCUGCACAGGUUUGUCACGUAUGGACACCAGUCAGAGGAACGGCUGGACGAACUCCUCAGGAAUGUCUGUGAGCUGCGUAGCCGAUUGGUCGCCUACGGUGUGCAAGAUGCAGAUUUGUCAGUGCUCCAUCAAACAAUGGCCCAGUGCUGUAAGGAAAUUAAAGAAACAGUGCAGAUGCUCGCCUCCAGGCAUAAGGACAUCCAUGGCUGUGUGUCGAAAGUGGGCAAAGCUAUUGACCGAAACUUUGAUGUAGAGGUGAGUGCAGUUGUAGCUGAGAAUAUAUGGGACUCUCCAGAGAGGCAGAAAUACCUCAGUGAAACCAUUGUAGAACACUUGUACCGACAAGGCAUGCUGAGUGUUGCAGAGGACCUCUGUCAGGAAUCUGGUGUAGUAAUUGACAUGAGUAUGAAACAGCCAUUUCUGGAGCUCAAUCGUAUUUUAGAGGGUUUAAGAACACAAGAUCUCAGACCAGCACUAGAGUGGGCGGUGACAAAUCGUCAGCGUCUCCUGGAUCUGAACAGCACCCUCGAGUUUAAGCUGCACAGACUUUAUUUCAUCAGCCUGCUCAAUGGGGGCAUCAGCAAACAGCAGGAAGCUUUACAGUAUGCGCGGCAUUUCCAGCCGUUUGCCUCACAGCACCAGAGAGAUAUUCAGAUCUUAAUGGGUAGUUUGGUGUACCUUCGUCACGGAAUCGAGAACUCACCAUACCGCAGCCUGCUGGAGACGGAUCAAUGGGCAGAGAUCUGUAACAUCUUCACACGGGACGCUUGCGCCCUACUUGGACUCUCUGUUGAGUCCCCACUCAGUGUCAGUUUUGCAUCGGGCUGUAUGGCGCUACCUGUGCUUAUGAACAUCAAGCAGGUUAUUGAACAAAGACAGUGUAGUGGAGUCUGGACACAUAAGGAUGAACUGCCAAUUGAGAUAGACCUGGGGAAGAAGUGCUGGUAUCACUCAGUGUUUGCCUGUCCUAUCCUGAGGCAGCAGACGUCAGAGAGUAAUCCACCCAUGAAGCUCAUCUGUGGGCAUGUCAUAUCCAGAGACGCGCUUAACAAACUCUCCAAUGCUGGAAAGCUUAAAUGUCCUUACUGUCCAAUGGAGCAGAAUCCUUCAGAUGCUAAACAGAUCUUCUUCUGAUGUCAUUUUUGGAGCGCAUCCGGAUGAAGUGCUGAAGGCCCCUUGGAGCCACAGUUAGAGUGAUCCUCAUUCACAGGCAUGACGGGCCUUCUGUGGCGGCUUACCCCUCUGUGCACCGCCAGCUCCCUCCCCAAAGCUUUUAGUUUACAGAGGCCGGUGGUCACGGCAACAUACCUGUAGAAUCCGAGUGAGUAAGUGUACCUACUGAGGAAAAGAUCUUGGCGGAUCUUUCAUUUGUUAACAUAGCGUAGUAUACACCGAUCAGCCACAACAUUAAAACCACCUGCCUAAUAUUGUUUAGGU